AUGUUUGCCUUAAGUAUAUCCAGCACAACAUCAGGAGCAGCAGCAGCAGUCGUAUCAGUACGUAUGAUUGCCCCAAGCGCACCGAGCGCAGUAUCAGGUGCGGCGGCGCGCGCGCAGCAGCAGCACGAGCAGCAGCAGCAGCAGCGCGGCGCAGCGCAGCAGCAGGCUUGCGGCGGCGCGCAGCGCGCGCGCGAGGCGGCGCGCGUCGCGACGCAGCGCGCGCCUCAC